AUGGAAACUGAAGAGGCAGGAGGAACUACGGAGAUAGUGAAAGAUGAAAUUGCGGGAGAUAAAUCAGGUACAACUGACACCAAUAUUACGGGCUCCACAAACGAUCCCACCCAUGAUCCAUUGGAAUCUCAGAAAAACGUCAUAGGAAAUGAACCCGCCAUUGGUUCUCCUCAGCGCUCUCAGAGCAAACCCAGGCCUGGUUCUCGCAGACUUAAAACCAGACCUCACGCUCCUACCCUCUCGUCUAUGCCUGCUUUGACAGAUUUAUCUCUUCAUUCGCCUUCCAACAUCGUCGGCACUCCCUUCACUGUCAAUUCUGCUCCCUUCGAGUAUCCGUUUCCUCCAAAUACCACACAAUCUUCCGAAGGAUUAUUUCCUCCUCUUACUCCACCAUCGCUACUUUCUGCCUCGUUAUCACUUUCUGGGCCAACUGUUGCGUUGUCGACUUCUCCGCCGUUCGGUCCAGAUGCCCGCAGUUACUCGCCUACUCAUCCUAAAAUGCGGACUGUAGAUCCUCCUGUACCGCCUGGCUUGGCAAAGAAGAGGCAAAGGUGGAGCCUCACUUUAGCAAGGAGAGAAAGUAGUUUUCUCAGUCAAACGAGUGAGGGUAGUACUUCCAGCGGUUCAGGUACAAGGUCUCACAGAGCAUUUUCUUUGGACGAUCCACCGCCUGCUGUGCAUCAGCAAGUCGCUCCGUCGUCUCCCGAACAAGAUCUGUCAAGGAAGACAUCGCCAGAGCCUGGCACGACCGAUGACAAUGGCCGUUGA